CUCUAUUGAAAUAAUGCUAGAAUAUACUGGACAGACUAAAACACAUUCAGAAAGUGUUCAUACUAUUGUAGACUCUGAUAUAGAAAGUUGGUAAAAGUAAUAAAUGUAAAUUGAAAUUUUAGAAGGCCUAAAUCUACUUCACAACAAGAUAAUCGAAAAUUAUUUGAAAUAACGAAACAUUGUUAUACUUCUAAAGUGCCUUAGGCAACUUGCGAUGAAAUUCCUGAAUUUGAUUCAAAUGAGGAUUCAUUUUAACUAAAACCUUCUCUGUGUACAAAUAAAUCAAGGAAAUAAAGCUUUGAAAUAUCAAAGGAAGAGAAGCAAUCAGAAAAAGAGUUAAUUACUCCUAUAAGUGAAGAGGAUAAGCAUCUUUUGGCGAGGAGUGAUUAGGAGUAAUGUUAAUUCAAAGCAAUAAAAAUGAAAAGUGGAGGCAUCUACACAGGAUAUUGGUACAAAAGAAAACCACAUGGUAUUGGGGAAUAUGAAUUUGUAGAUGGGAGUAGAUAUAUAGGAGAAGUAAAUUGAUGACAUAUAAAUAGUGGAAUAAUGGUUAUGCAAAUGGAAAAGGAGAGUAUUAUGAUGCUGAUGGAGGAUAAUACUAAGGAGAAUUUCAUUAAAAUUGUAUGCAUGGGAAUGGAAUAUAUAAAUAUUCUGAUGGAACAGUUUACAAUGGUAUGUAAUAAUGAUAAUGAAAGGUUUAUGGAUGAACGAUAAAUAUCAUGGAUAUGGAAUUGAAAUAAAAAAUGAUAGCUAAUAUAGGGGUAAGAGAAAGUUAUAAAUUAGGCAAGUUUCAAAAUGGUUUAAAAUAGGGAUAAGGAUAAUUAGUGUUUUUAAAUUAGGAAAAAUAUGAAGGGUCAUUUAUAAAUGGUUUAUUUGAAGGGAAAGGGAUUUUUGUAAGAAAUCUAUAUUUAACUUUAGAUUUGGCCAGAUGGAAGAAGAUAUGAGGGAGAUUGGAAAAAAGGAAUGAUGCAUGGAUAAGGAAUUUUAUAAUGGCCUGAUGGUAAUGAACAAUAACUAUUUAGGUCGUAUCUAUGUAGGAUAAUAUGUGAAUGAUAAAAGAUAAGGUUUCGGAACAUUCUAAUUUGCUGAUGGUCGUAAAUAUACAGGUUAAUGGAUGAAUGGUUUAUAACAUGGAUCAGGAGAGUUUACUGAAUUUAAUAGCUAAGUAAUUAAAGGAGUUUGGAGAGAAGGCAAAUUGUUUUCGCUUUAAUGA